AUCUGGGUGUGUCGGUGAUAUUAAGCCCCCGAAGCAAUCCGUUUGUCCUAUAAAUUUUCUCGCUGAACCCAUUUUCAGGGUCUGGGUGUCUUAUACUCUAACAACAUUGUAAGUCUUUACUGAAAAAUGGCAUUAGUCAAAGCCAAGUUCGAGUAUUUAUGGAACAUUUUGAGGUACUAGCAAUAUUGAGAUUUUUGGGUUGGGAUUUUGACUGAGGAUCAAGCAGUUUUUUGGGUGAAGAGAGCAUGGAGUUGGGAGAUUCAGGGUCAAAACCUUCCAAACUCGUGGGUGGCAAGGUCUGCCAGAUCUGUAGUGACACUGUUGGCACAACUGUGGAUGGCAAGCCCUUUGUUGCUUGUGAUGUUUGUUCAUUCCCUGUCUGCCGCCCCUGCUACGAGUAUGAGAGGAAAGAUGGUAAUCAAUCUUGCCCUCAAUGCAAGACCAAAUACAAAUGGCACAAAGGGAGCCCUUCAAUUCAAGGGGAAGAGGUGGAAGAUGCUGAUGUUAAUGAUGCUGCAAAUGGUUCAAAUUAUAAGUUGGGGAUUCAAGAUAGGAACCUGAAUAAAAAAGCGCAGCCAAUGAGUUAUGGUCGAGGGGAAGAUGUUGGUCCCCCUACCUAUGAUAAAGAGGUUUCUCUUAACCAUAUUCCUUUGCUCACAAAUGGAUGUUCUGUUUCCGGAGAGCUGUCAGCUGUGUCUCCCGAGCGUCUUUCCAUGGCAUCUCCUGAAAGUGGCAUCAGGGGAAAGCACAUAAAUCCACUACCUUACAUGGCAGAAGCCAAUCGUUCAUCACGGUCUGGCAGCGUAGCCUGGAAAGAGAGAAUUGAUGGUUGGAAGGUGAAGCCCGAGAAGAAUGUGGUUCCAAUGAGUGUUAGUAAUGCUCCAUCCGAAGGCAGGGGUGGUGGAGAUUUUGAUGCCAGCACUGAUGUGGUGAUGGAUGAUUCUUUAUUAAAUGAUGAAGCCCGCCAGCCUUUAUCAAGGAAGGUUUCUAUUCCUUCCUCUAGGAUUAACCCUUAUAGGAUGGUCAUAGUUCUGCGGCUUAUUAUUCUCAGCAUUUUCUUGCAUUACCGUAUAACAAAUCCAGUUCCCAAUGCCUAUGCUUUGUGGUUAGUAUCUGUGAUUUGUGAAAUAUGGUUUGCAAUGUCAUGGAUAUUGGAUCAGUUCCCAAAAUGGCUUCCUGUGAACCGUCAGACAUAUCUUGACAGACUGGCUUUGAGAUAUGACCGAGAAGGAGAGCCAUCUCAGUUGGCUGCUGUUGACAUUUUUGUCAGUACAGUUGACCCUUUAAAGGAGCCUCCACUUGUCACAGCCAAUACUGUCUUAUCCAUUCUUGCAGUAGACUACCCAGUAGACAAAGUUUCUUGUUAUGUUUCAGAUGAUGGAGCUGCUAUGUUGACUUUUGAAGCUUUGUCUGAAACAUCAGAAUUUGCCAGAAAAUGGGUUCCUUUCUGCAAGAAAUACACCAUUGAGCCUAGAGCCCCAGAAUGGUACUUUGCACAGAAGAUUGACUACUUAAAGGACAAGGUUCAUCCAUCAUUUGUCAAAGCUCGCAGAGCUAUGAAGAGAGAAUAUGAAGAGUUCAAAGUUCGUAUUAAUGGGCUUGUGGCAAAGGCCGAGAAGGUUCCUGAUGAAGGAUGGUUCAUGCAAGAUGGUACACCUUGGCCUGGAAAUAACACCAGAGAUCAUCCGGGGAUGAUCCAGGUUUUCUUAGGACAAAGUGGAGGACUUGACAGUGAGGGUAAUGAGCUUCCACGACUAGUCUACGUGUCUCGUGAGAAGCGUCCUGGUUUCCAACAUCACAAGAAGGCCGGUGCUAUGAAUGCACUUGUUCGUGUAUCGGCAGUUCUUACUAAUGGACCCUUUUUGUUAAAUCUUGAUUGUGAUCAUUACAUAAACAACAGCAAGGCAAUACGGGAAGCUAUGUGUUUCCUAAUGGAUCCAAACCUUGGAAAAUCAGUGUGCUAUGUUCAAUUUCCUCAGAGAUUUGAUGGGAUUGAUAAGAAUGAUCGAUAUGCCAAUCGUAAUACCGUUUUCUUUGAUAUCAAUUUAAGAGGCUUGGAUGGCAUCCAAGGCCCUGUAUAUGUGGGUACAGGGUGCGUUUUCAACAGAACAGCCUUGUAUGGCUAUGAGCCCCCUCUCAAGCCUAAGCAUAAAAAAUCGAGCAUGUUAUCUACAUGCUUUGGUAGAUCCGGAAAGAGGAGAUCCAAUUCAAGUGGAAAGGAAGCCAAUAAAAAAAAGUCGGGCAAGCAUGUUGACCCAACUGUGCCAAUAUACAAUCUAGAAGAUAUUGAAGAAGGAGUGGAAGGUGCGGGAUUUGAUGAUGAGAAGUCACUGCUCAUGUCCCAGAUGAGCCUGGAGAAAAGGUUUGGUCAAUCAGCCGCAUUUGUUGCUUCAACACUAAUGGAAAACGGUGGUGUUCCACAGUCUGCCACUCCAGAAUCCCUCCUCAAAGAAGCUAUUCACGUCAUUAGCUGUGGAUAUGAAGACAUGACUGAGUGGGGAAGUGAAAUAGGAUGGAUAUAUGGUUCCGUUACUGAGGAUAUCCUUACAGGGUUCAAGAUGCAUGCCCGAGGUUGGAAAUCGAUCUAUUGCAUGCCGCAUCCUCCUGCCUUUAAAGGAUCUGCUCCUAUUAACCUUUCUGACCGUCUGAACCAAGUGCUCCGCUGGGCUUUGGGUUCAGUCGAAAUUCUUCUUAGUCGGCACUGCCCCAUAUGGUAUGGUUAUAGCGGAAGGCUGAAGUGGCUCGAGAGAUUUGCUUAUGUGAACACCACCAUAUACCCAGUCACAGCCAUUCCUCUUCUUGCCUACUGUACAUUGCCAGCUGUCUGUCUACUUACAGGAAAGUUUAUUAUCCCCCAGAUCAGUAACAUUGCCAGUAUCUGGUUCAUAUCCCUCUUUCUUUCCAUCUUUGCCACUGGUAUAUUAGAAAUGAGAUGGAGUGGUGUUGGGAUAGAUGAGUGGUGGAGAAAUGAACAAUUUUGGGUUAUUGGAGGUGUGUCAGCCCACCUAUUUGCUGUUUUCCAAGGCCUCCUUAAGGUUCUUGCUGGCAUCGAUACCAAUUUUACUGUCACUUCCAAAGCUUCUGAUGAAGAAGGGGAUUCUGCUGAGUUGUAUUUGUUCAAGUGGACGACUCUACUCAUCCCACCAACCACACUCCUAAUAAUCAACCUGGUUGGGGUGGUUGCUGGAAUCUCAUAUGCCAUCAACAGUGGCUACCAAUCUUGGGGUCCUCUCUUUGGGAAGCUGUUUUUUGCUUUCUGGGUGAUUGUUCAUCUCUAUCCCUUCCUUAAGGGUCUAAUGGGUCGCCAGAACCGAACACCUACCAUCGUUGUCGUGUGGUCGGUUCUUCUUGCCUCCAUCUUCUCCUUACUUUGGGUUCGUAUUGACCCUUUUACGACCCAGGUGACUGGCCCAGAUGUUGAACUGUGUGGAAUCAACUGCUAGGGUAACAUGUAGACAUGAUAAAGAACAUUACAUUACAAAAAAUAUGCGAAGAUUUUGUCUGAAAAUCUUCAGCUGGCAAAAUUUUCAAAGGUAUCUUCUUUUAGCUUCUGUGUCAUGCUUGAGUUUGAGAGUCAAAUUUUGUUGCAAAGUAGAUUACGUGGGUUCAAUACAUGAGUUGUUUUUCAGUUUUCA